AUGUCAUCCACCGCCUCCGCAUCCAUCAUCCUCUCACGACAGUUCCGGGACUUGACGAACCCCAAGAAGGCACAUCCGUGUUUCCACAUCGAACUUGAGAAUGACAACAUCUUCCUCUGGAACAUCGGCGUUAUGGUGUUGAACGAAGACUCCAUUUACCACGGUGGGUUCUUCAAAGCGCAAAUGAAGUUCCCUGCAGACUAUCCGUUUUCCCCGCCUACGUUCCGCUUCACGCCCGCCAUCUACCACCCCAACGUGUAUCGCGAUGGCCGCCUCUGCAUCUCCAUCCUCCACCAGCUGGGCGACCCACACUCGGAUGAGCCAGACUCCGAAACAUGGUCCCCAGCGCAGCUGGUAGAGACCGUGUUGAUCUCCAUCGUGUCUCUCCUUGAGGACCCGAACACCGCAUCGCCAGCCAAUGUGGACGCCGCCAUUGAAUGGCGCAAGAACAAAGAGAAGUACAACGCCCGUAUCAAACAGGAGGUGUUACGGUCAAUGCAGGACAUCCCUGAGGGCUUUGUGAUGCCGAGUUUGAAGAACUUGGAGCUGGUCCAGUCCACCGUGGCCACCCAGGAACACCCAGAGGACAUUGUUGAUGACGACUUCUGGCUCGAGAGCGAGGAGGAGGAGGAAGACGACUACGAUGAUGAUGUCGAGAGCUUGAUGGACGAGGAUGAACACGACCACAACGACAUGGAGAUGGAUGAGGACGGAGAGAUCGACGAAGAGGUCACCAAGUAG